AUGAAACGACUCGUUAGCAAAAGUGCGCUCGAAAACGGCAUAGUAGCAGAGCUUCUUUUGUUUUUCUGGUCAGAAGCAGAGCUUCAGACCUGCAAGAGACAAAAGACAAAAACAAGAAACGAAACGGCAAAAGCAAAAAGCAGAGCAGAGAAGCGAGCCAAAGAAAGAAGGGAACUCUGA